UAGUCCUCCAACCCAAGGAAAGCAGAGAAAGAAGAAAAAAAAGAGCCACCCUGAAGUCCCUGUCCUCUCUCCUUCCACUCUUCUCUGCAAUCUCUCCUUGCUUUGCUCAGCACCGACGGGAUAUUCAGGAACCCAUCACCUAAUUCUGGUCUCCUCCUGCUCGUCUCCCGAAAGAGAGUGAGAUAGGUCUCAGUGGCAGGUGCGCCCAGGCCUCUUCUCAUGGCUCCUCUGUGAUGAUCACCAGCUUCUUCGGACACAAGUACUAGAAUUUGAAGGGCGGCCAAGAUUUCUCCGGACGAAGGAAUCAUGCCCGUCGGAUCCCAUCGAUCACACAGGGAAAAAGGUGGCGUGGUGUAAACUUUCUCAAGGUUGUACGGGGGAAAAAAUUUCUCUUUUGUUGUUUGGUGAAGAGAGAAACAGAGGAGUAGAAGAGGAAGAAAGAGAAAGGUUGGAUAUGGCGGGAAGAAGCGCUUAUGUGAGUUCAAAUAUGGCGGGUUUGCUCCAGACUGGACGGAUUUCUUCCGAGGCUAUGGAGGCCCUGCUCCCUCCGGGACCUUCUCAUGGAGAAUUCCACGGCUCGAUGCCUAUGAUGAAUUUUGAAGAUGUUCACGGGAGCAGGCCCGAACAGGCCUGCUGGGGACCAUUUGAGUUGGAAGAAACUGGUGAUGAGGACUUGGAUGAGGGUGUUCACCAGCCAGCAAAGAAGAGGCGCCUCACAGCUGAUCAAGUGCAGUUCCUUGAGAGGAAUUUUGAGCUUGAAAACAUGAAGCUGGAGCCAGAGAGGAAAGUUCAGCUUGCAAGGGAUCUUGGAAUACAACCCAGACAGGUUGCUAUAUGGUUUCAAAACCGCCGUGCCCGAUGGAAGACAAAGCAGUUGGAGAAGGACUAUGAGGCCCUCAAAUCUAGUUAUGAUGCCCUCACGGCGGAUUAUGAUAACCUGCUAAACGAGAAGGAGAAACUUCAAGCCAAGGUUCUUUCUCUCACAAACAUGCUCCUCCUCAAAGGGAAAGAUGUCGGCAGCUCAGAACCGAUUGAAUUCAACAAAUUUGCUCAUCAAUUGGGGGACUUGGUCUCGAAUUCUAUGUGUGAGAUGGAAAGAGUAAAUGCCCAAGUCACAGAAUGCAAGCAAGAGGACAUCAGCUCUGCCAACAGCACCGUGUUCGACUCUGAGAGCCCUCACUACAUCGAUGAAGGAGCACACUCGAUGCUGAUGGAGCCCAUGGAUUCUUCCAAUAUUUUCGAACCCGAUCGAUGUGACCUCUUGUAUGCUGGAGAGGUUGACGAGGUCAAAGGAUGCAGCUUCCUAAGGCUUGAAGACAAUUUGAAUAAUUAUGAGUUCCCUGUGGAGGACCAGUCCUGUUGGUUCUGGCCUUGACUCGUACAAUGUUCGAUCUCUACCUACUUUACUGUGUCUUCCCUCUUCUUGCCUGAUACUAAUUAGGUGGCGAAUGAUCGGCAAUAAGGCCAUUAUAUUGGCAACCGAAAUCUAGAUGGCUUGUGGAACCUCUCUUCUCUUUAUUCAGUUUUUUUUUUUUGGGGGGGGUAAAUAGUCAGUUUGUUCAUAUUUGAAUAAAGCUUUAGAGUUUUGUUAUAAAAGCUUUUUGUUUUUACUGAAA